UUGUUGUCAGUCCACAAAUGAAGUUUACUAAUGAAAAUUCUAGUUAAUAAAAAACCAACUGACACAAGCACAGGCUCGACACACACGACACUCUAUAUAGAUAUAUUUUUAUAGAUUUAUAUUUAUUUAUCUACAAAUUGAAUCAUGGUGCAAAGAAAAUGCAAGAGAAGCGUUAAGGCAAAGGCGCACCGAAUAGCCAAGCGCAUCAAAUUGGAAGAGGUUGAGGGACAGGUGAAUCUGCUGGACUUACCCCUUGGUCCACUGCACAUGAUCAUACUAAAGGUGCAUCCGGAAAAGCAACAGUUCCUGCGCUCUGCAUCCAAUAAGCUGAAGAUCGAGCACUCCGAUUGCAUGCUGCACAGCUUCAAGUUAUUUGCCAAUGAUCAUCUGCGCGAACGGCAUCGCAGCGUCGAACAGCAAAUGAUACACAAUGUGAUGACGGUGCUGACACAGUCGACGGAUUAUUUCGUCAACUCCGGCUACGAUGCGAUAUUUACGGGCAGGCUGAUUUACUUCUAUAAGCAGCUGGCAACUGGCGAGGAGGACUUAGACAUAGCACAGAUGCACAAAUUUCUGCACGAGUUCUACAAUAAUCUGGAAAGGACACCGGUCGAGCGGCCCAGUGAAGCUGCGGCGCGCAUAAGUCUCAAUCAGCGUCGCUUGAUAGGCACGAUGACAUUGUUGAAUCUGCUCAGACAAUUUCGCAACUAUCGCAUUGUUAGCUCCUGCAUGAAUCUGAUGCAUUGGCAACUACAAUUCGAGCUGACAGGCAUUUAUUUUGGCGUACGCGAGAGGGAGGCCAAUACACGCGAUCAAGACAAACUGGUGGACUUCUUGACCAUUAUAGCUGAGCUGCUUGUCUUUGACAAGUCGCAAAUAUAUGAAAAACGCUACACGGAAAUUGGCAACAGCUUCUACGUCUAUGGCAUAAAGAAGCCUUCAACAUUGUCGGCGCGCAGUCCGAAGCUGACGCUCAAGCUGAGCAUCCUGGCGCCGUUAUCCGUGCGUAGCAUGAUCGAGGAUGUGCUCAAUGGCCAGGUGGACAUGGGUAGGCCUGUCCACUGUCCACUCGUGGAUACGUUCAGCAUUCAACUGGACGUGGUGAGCCGACAGGUCAGCUUGUGGAACGGCAACAACCACAUGGAGAUCUGCAUAGCGCCGCUUAACUAGCUCAACGAUAAUAUAUAUUUUUUUUACCACAUUCACACAUGCCUGUGGAAGCAUACGUCAUGUGUGCAUCUAUUUUUGUUUUAUGUGAAUAAACUCUAUUGAAAGUGCUCACACAAAGAGCAUAUAACAUGCAAACUGCAACAAGAACUCAACUUUUGU